ACUCGCAGCUGUGCACACCGCGGGCCAGACCAUCGGAUCCAUCGUUAGCCUUCAACGAGAGCGAGAGCGCGCGCUGGGCUUCUAAGGUACGGUCAGUCCCAUUCCAUACCAGUGGCCAGAAUCCGUCAGUCAGUUAGUGGUUGUUGCGUUACUCGGUCGUGUGGUCGCGUGAUCCCAGGUGUGUACGUAUCGUGAGCCUUGCGUUAGUCCCUCCCCUCGCACUCACACACGGUGCCACCGUUGCGUAAGCCGCGUCCGUCAAGCGACACAAUCGGGGAAAAAAAAAACCAUCGAUCCAGCUCGGAUCCUGCUUUACACCGCUCGCCACGCUACGCACCGUUCCGUACCGUUUUCUCGAACACGCGCACACACACACGCGCGCGCGAACGGAUUCCCAAAUCGACUUGAGUGAACUGUGAGAGUGUGUGAUAACAGAAACUAUCUCUCCCGUGCACCCCAACCCACACACGCGCUCUCCAAGGACACCGGAAACGGUUUAAAAAGUCGAAGCGGCAGCUACUAAGAUCCAGGCAGCGUUCCGUGGUCACAAAACACGCAAAGAGAUGAAGCAAGGCGACGGUGUUACCAAGGCGUCGGAGGGCAGCAAGCAGCAGCAGCAGCAGCCGGCGGCGGCGGCCUCUGAACCUGAGCGAGAACCGACCAAGGAGGAGCUGGAGGCAGAGUUCGACCCGAACGACGCAGAGCUGACCCACGCUGCAACCCGUAUUCAAGCCAGCUUCCGUGGCCACAUGUCCAGAAAGACGGCCGCAAAGGAGGAAGAGGAUGGUACGAAGAAGGAGGUCGACAUUGAUGAAAUCACCAAGAAGGUGGCCGAAGAGCUGGACAUCGAUAUGGACGAUCCGGAGCUGCAUAAAGCGGCCAGCAAAAUUCAGGCCUCAUUCCGCGGGCACAAGGUACGCAAGGACGUACCGAAGGAGGGUACCGAAAACUAAACGCAACCGCGGUGGCUGCUGGCGAGUUGGUGUACGUACCCGAAGGAGCCGUCUCAGAAGAACACACACACACUGUAGGUGUUCCGGUGCCAUUCCUAUUCCUUCGCUGCUGCAUUUCCACCAUGUGCAUAGGCCGCCCGACCAUGAGGCUGCCGUGCGUUUGGACGAGGGUCACAGAGAUGAAGACACAGCUAGAGAGGGAGAAAGCGUUUUGAAGGCCAUGCGGAGGCCUUUUCUUUGGGGGUAGGGGACAGAAAUGGAAACCGAAGUUUAUGGAGUAAAAAGUAAUGAAAUAAUAAUAUUGCACUUGUUAUAAUUUUAUAAAUUUUACCAAUUGUAUCAGAUCGACGUACAUAUAACUUAUAGACUCAAAUCCUACAGCUACAAAGCUACAAAAGCAGUAAACCAAAACAGAAUAAAGCUCCUCCCAAUCGUCCUUCUCGGUGGCCGACGGUGGUCCAUAUCCGAGUAUUGAGUGUCGGGUACGCGAAGAGCAGAUAUUUUCUUCAGAAUUGAAAGUUGAGCACAGGAAGUGCAGAACCGAUUACUCGUGGAUUGUUGUUAAACUUGUCGUGGAAAAGAAUCGGAAGUGCGCAGGAAGCCGUUGAGGUACGAUGUUUCCUUCUUCAAAGCAGUACUAGCAGCAUAAAGCCAGCAUCAGCCAACCCGUAGGACAAGGGUAAUCACCUUUAUUUUCCAUUCUUUAGCAAAUAGUGCAGAUAUUCGAAGAUCGACCAUUGGUCUCAACGAUGUCAUUCUAUUGAUUUUGUAUAGUUUGAAAUAGCAAUCUGAGGAAAGAGAUAGCACAAGCACCUCAGCAGGGGUUGCAGAUCAUUGUACGGUGAACCGCGAGCUAGUUCCAGUUGAGACCCAAUUUAACAUUGAAACCUUCAUAGCAAAACACACAGCCCCACUCUUUGCUAGCUCUCUUUAUGAAUACAUCCACUCACGAACCUUCUAAUCUACGGAAAGGAGUAACUUUUUACGCACGGUACCCGUUUUAAGAAGUGAAAAGCUCCCAUCAUAUAGGAAUCAAAGCAGAAAUAAAUAAUUGAAACACAACACUGCAUGGCAGCGCUCCCCGAUGGUAGUACUGGUAGCCUAGAGAAGAAGUAGGGCGUACGCGACACCUUUGCGACGAGAUAGCAAGUUACUACACUUCACUCAGAUACACAUAUGCAUCCGAACCACUAAUCAAUCGUAAGGAUGAGGGAUGGUGAGAGGCUAACAUGGCGUAGAAUGUAGACUCCCUGUCUCCUCUUUGAUAACAUGCACUACCAGCGCGGAUGUAUGUGAGUACAGUUUUCUUCUCUCCACCAAAUACCGAUAACCAAAUCUCAGCUAACUCAACAAGCUACGUGGCCAGAAAGCAAAACCCAGAACCAUGGGUUGUGCGUGAAUACGGUAGGAGCAGGAGCAUUUUAUGGCUACCAUCAUGCGGCCAUGCCACAGCUGCGGUCGUCGUCGACGUAGGAUGUCGGGAAUCGCGGGUUCGGGAGAAAAUUGUCACCGCCAUGAAUGUAACUGUCAAUAGGCAAAAUAAAAUGCAUAACUACAUUGAGCUUUAAA